CCCUCUCCUAUUUACACGAUUCCCUCUCUCAUUUAUUUCUACUAUUUCUUUUAUUGUCCUUUUGUGGUCUUUUAUUUUUCCUCUUCUAAAACUUGCUGGUAUUAUAAUAAUUUUAUUGAUUCAUGUAUCCUCUAAUUUAAUUAGAGAAGGGCUUUUUUAAUCCUAGGAAAAUGUGAAGGGCUUUUUUAAUCCUGGGAAAACAUUUCACAUUGCUGAAAUAGUUUGUUAGGAAAGUGCCUAGCACGACUUAAGUCAUAUUUGCUAAAUAUAUUAUCAUAGUGCUAUUUAUUUUUACAAGUGUUAUUAUUUUACUUAGAUAAAUAAAUAAUAUUUAUUAUUACUGUGAUUUUAUCUCGGCUACCCAACAAUAUAAGAAACUAUAAAAAAUAAUGUUACUUGUGAAAUUAGUGAUAAUACCGAUAUUAGUGUUGUCAUGGUUGCUCCCGUUCCCGUCAUCUCACCAGAUGUCCCUGGUGAUGCAGAUGCAUUUAUAUGUCCACAAUUUAGCCAAAUGAUGAUGCCAAAAUUCAAAAUGGACACGGUUACAAGCCCAAAGCCAAUAAAACCUUCAUGAAAAAUACACCUCAAUGCAAGAGAAUUUUUGCGAGAAAUGACAAUCCGGUUAAGUAAAAAAUAAAUUUGACUGAAGCGGAUGAUAUAAUUAUUGCGGUCAUUUCAAAAAUAAUAUUGAGGCAAUGUGAGAAACUGGGUGAUAGACUCUGGUGCUACUAGGCACAUUUGUGUAAACAAAAAUGAUUUUGUGUCAUACACCCAAGUUGAGGAAGGAGAAGAAAUUAUUUAUCUUGGUGACUCAAGAACAACUCAAGUUCUUGGGGAAGGAAAAGUUCUUCUCAAACUCGUAUCUGGCUGAAAUCCAAAAAUUGGUUCAAUCUGAUUCGUCACUUACAAAUAUUGAAGUCGUAGAAAAGUGCUUUGGACCUCAACAUGAAAGUUGUGUAGUUGGAUUUGGUGGUGGGAUAACCGCUAAAGAGUUGAAAGAUGGUAACUCUUCAAAGGCUGUCUUGUUAGAUAAGUUGAAUGCAAGUGAAAAAGAAAAUGAAUCACUAAAAAGACGCAUGGAUGAGUUAGAGAAUAAAUGUGAACGCAUGGAUGAGCUAAAGAGUAAAUAUGAACGGCUUGCAAGUGCAGCAGCCUUCAUCACCAUCAUCUUCAAAUGAUCAAUAGAUUGAAUCAUUUAACAGCUCAAGAAUUUGAAGGAUGAAGAGUCUAUCGUUCAAGAAAGGAGCAAGUUGAAGUACAAGGCGACUUUUAUAAUAUUAGGGGUGGUUCACAGACAAUAUCUUAUGUAUAAAUACUUCAAUUUUUAUCUUUUAGGAGUUGAUAAAAAUGGUAUCAUAAAACUUGGAUGGUAUAUCUUUUUUUAAUUCUUUGUAUUUCCAAUAGAGUUUUAUAUGAAUAUUAAUUAUUUAGUAUAUUUUUGGAUGUGUCUGUGUAUUAUUCAGUUAUAUAAUUUUUUUUACAAAAGUAAAUAGA